AGCAUCCUCACCCUCGUCCAUUCUCCUCUCCUCUCUCUACAGCACCACCCCACCCCACCACAGUCGUUGUCACGAACAUGAAAUUCAUCGCCCUUGUCUCUCUGGCCGCCGCAGUCCUGGCCCUCUCCGAGGCUGCCCCCAACCCCAAUGGACACUCUGUCCCCCUGACUCGCAACCCGCACUUCAAGCACAACACGCACGCCCAGAUUGCCAAGUUGAACAGGCGCUAUCCCGGCAUGAACAUCCUCAAGGGAUCGACCGGCAACGUCCCUCUCACCAACGUCCACCCCGAUCUUGAGUACUACGGCAGCGUCUCUGUCGGUUCGCCUGCACAGGUUGUCAAGCUGGACUUUGACACCGUAAGGCUCGUCCGAUAUCUGGUUCCCCUCCAGUACCUGCACUACCGCUGCCUGCAAGAAGCAUACCCGGUUCAACUCCUCCAAGUCCUCGACCUUCAAGAAGGAUGGCCGUCAAUGGAAGAUUUCCUACGGUGAUGGCUCCACCGCCUCCGGUACUCUCGGCUCCGACAUUGUCAGCGUCGGUGGCGUCUCUGUCCGCCAGACCAUCGGUCUUGCCACUGCCG